UCCCAGUCCAGCUACUCACGCCAGUCGCCAGGUCUCCUCCUCCCCUGUCGCCGUCGCGCGCGCGCGCUCCCUCCGGCGGGGGGUAAUUUCGUCGAACACCUGCCGCCGCCAUGUCCGGCACCGGGUGCUUCCCCGCGGGCGGGCCCGACGGCUCCCGGGCCUGCCGCGACGGCGCGGCGGCCGCGCGGCUCAAGACGGGGUCCCUGCUGGCGAUCCUCGUCGCUAGCGCCAUCGGCAUCUGCCUCCCCGUCGCGCUCACGCGGGCGUUCCGGGGGAGCCCCAACUACGCGAGGGGCCUGCUGCUCGUCAAGUGCUACGCGGCCGGGGUCAUCCUCUCCACCUCGCUCGUCCACGUGCUCCCCGACGCGCACGCCGCCCUCGCCGACUGCGCCGUCGCCACGCGCAGGCCCUGGCGGGACUUCCCCUUCGCGGGGCUCUUCACCCUCGUCGGCGCGCUGCUCGCGCUCCUCGUCGACCUCUCCGCCUCCUCCCACCUCGAGGCCCACGGCCACGGCGGCGGCGGCCACGGCCACCAGGAGACGCCAUACGCCCCGAUUCCCAAAAAAGCCCCCGUCUUUGAACUCACCGGCGAAAUGAGCCCCAAGAAGCGCGCCUUCCUGGACGACGACCAAGAGGACCUGGCGCCGCGCGCUGCCAGGAACGGCGCCGAAACGGACAGGGACGACGUGGCGCUCUUCGGGGCCAAGAAUGGCGCCGCCGUGGUGCGCAGCGACGAGGUCGCGGCCGUCGGCGGCGGGUGCCAUGGCGUCGGGCAUGAAGUGGUCGAGGUGGGGGAUGGGGCGGGGGAGGAAGACGAGGCGAGGAGGAAGCAGAAGAUGGUGUCCAAGGUGCUGGAGAUUGGGAUAGUGUUCCACUCCGUCAUCAUCGGGGUCACCAUGGGGAUGUCCCAGGAUGUCUGCGCAAUCCGACCGCUCGUGGUUGCGCUCUCCUUCCACCAGGUGUUCGAGGGGAUGGGCCUUGGUGGCUGCAUCGCGCAGGCUGGUUUUGGGAUGGCAACAGUGGGCUAUAUGUGCAUAAUGUUCUCAGUGACUACACCAUUGGGCAUUCUUCUUGGAAUGUUUGUCUUCCAUAUGACUGGCUAUGACGAUAGCAAUCCAAAUGCCUUAAUAAUGGAAGGGAUUCUUGGUUCACUUUCUGCAGGAGUCCUUAUCUAUAUGGCGCUUGUGGAUCUCAUUUCUCUCGAUUUUUUCCAUGACAAGAUGAUGUCAGCAUCUAUAAAACUGAAGAAGGCAUGUUACAUUGCGUUGGUGCUUGGAUCUGCUUCUAUGUCGAUAUUAGCUCUCUGGGCAUAGGUCGUAAUCAAAUUCUCAAAAGAACCUCAUGUACGAGCUUCAGAGAAAAACGAUUUACUGUUCCUAUGAUAUCUUGUGUAGGCAGGAACGGAUAAUACUCUGGGGGCCACCACUCACCUCAUGUAAAUUUUGACACGAUAGAAACUGGAAAUUCACGACUGCUGAUUGUGAAUUGUUGCAUACUGAA